CAAUAAUCUGGAUCCCUUGCCAAUCAGAAGUAUGGCAAACAGCAGAGAUAAUAGAGGCAUAUGAUGGACAUAAAUUAAAAGUAAGAACAAUUAAAUCAAAAGCUGAAGAAGUCAUUAAUAUAUCUUCGGAUGAAGAACUUCCACCUCUUCAGAAUCCUGAUAUACUUCUCGGAAAAAAUGAUCUGACGUCACUAUCAUUCCUACAUGAACCAGCUAUUCUGUACAAUUUAUCUAGUAGAUUUGUUCAAAGUCGUGAAAUUUACACUUAUUGUGGUAGUGCGCUAGUGGCUAUCAACCCUUAUAAAGAUCUUGAUAUCUAUGGUACUGAUUCCAUGAAAAAAUAUAGAGAUCAAACAAUGGGCAGUUUAGAACCCCAUAUAUUUGCUGUUGCAGAACAAGCAUUUAAUAAAAUGGAGAUAGAAAACAAUAACCAGAGUAUCAUAGUUUCUGGUGAAUCUGGUGCAGGAAAAACAGUUUCUGCUAAGUAUGCAAUGAGGUACUUAGCUUUCAUUAGUAAAUCUAAAACUGAAACUGAAAAUGAAAAAAAAGUUUUGGCUUCUAAUCCCAUCAUGGAGGCUAUUGGAAAUGCCAAAACAGCCAUAAAUGAUAAUUCAUCUCGUUUUGGAAAGUAUAUUGAACUUCAUUUUAAUGAUCGGAAUCACAUAACAGGGGUCAGUAUGCAAACAUAUCUACUUGAAAAGUCUCGUGUUGUACACCAAGCCAGUCACGAACGAAAUUAUCAUAUAUUUUAUCAAUUAUAUUCUUCUCGUAAUAUGUUCCCUCAAUUAAAACUAGGUGAUUCAGAUAAAUAUAAUUAUUUGAAUUCCCUACAUAGUGAUAAUGACAGUCAAAGUAUCAAUGAGACAGUAAAUGCUCUUAAUACAUUAGGAUUUUCCGAGGAACAGCAAUAUUCUAUAUGGGAAAUAUUAUCAAGUAUUUUACAUCUUGGUAAUAUUGAAAUUGAUAAAAACACUGGAGAUAGUGAUUCAUGUUCUAUAUCGUCCAAUGAUCCAAGUUUAAAAAUAGUUUCAACUUUAUUGGACAUCAAUAAAGGAGAACUUCAAAAAUGGCUAUGUUAUCGUAGAAUUGUCAGCUUAAAUGAAACUUUUGAAAAACCAAUGACUGCGGUUGAGGCAAGUAGAGCCCGUGAUUCUUUAGCCAAACACAUUUAUGCUUCAUUAAGUCAAUGGCUAAUAUCAAUAAUGAAUAGUACAAUGUGUGAUACUUCGCCAUCGCAGACAAAUUGUCCAAAAAUUGGUAUCUUAGACAUUUAUGGUUUUGAGAUGAUGAAACUAAAUAGCUUUGAACAAUUUUGUAUUAAUUACGCCAACGAAAAACUUCAACAGCAAUUUAAUUUACAUGUAUUCAAACUCCAAGAAAAAGAAUACCGAAAAGAAGGAAUAAACGUCCAUAAUAUUGAUUUUUAUGACAACCAACCAGUUAUUAAACUCAUUGAGUCUAGGUUAGGUAUACUUGAUCUUCUUGAUGAAGAAUGUCGAAUGCUUAAAGGAUCAGAUGCAUCUUGGACUCAAAAAUUAUGUAAAAAAUAUGAUAAAAAUGAUAGGUUUUUAAAACCUAAGUUUGGUGUAAUGGAAUUUACAAUCAAACAUUUUGCCGGUGAUGUUAAAUAUUCCUCUGACGGAUUUUUGGAUAAAAAUAAAGACACCGUUUUUGAAGAUCAAGUUAAUGUAUUAAGAAAUGGGAAAAAUCCGUUGUUAAAAAAAAUGUUUUUCGUCAAAAACUCAAAAGGUUCACCUACACAUUCUAAACAAAAUAAGGAAACUGUUGGUUCACAGUUUAGAAAUUCACUUAAUGCCCUCAUGACAACACUUAAUGAUACUACCCCACAUUAUAUAAGGUGUGUUAAACCAAAUGAUAGCAAGUUACCAUUUGUGUUCGACAUUCAACGAGCUGUUGAUCAAUUGCGAGCUUGUUGUGUGUUAGAAACAAUCCGCAUUAGUGCUGCUGGCUUUCCUUCUAGAUGGACCUAUGUAGAUUUCUUCUUAAGAUAUCGCGUAUUAUUGAAAUCAAAGAAAAUUAAUAGAAAUGAUCCUAAAUUAACUUGUCAGCGAAUUGUUGAAGAAUAUAUUAAAACUAAAGACAACUAUAAAUUUGGUAAUACAAAAAUAUUCUUCAGAGCUAGUCAAGUUGCGUACUUAGAAAGAAAACGGGCUGAAAAACGUAAAGAUUGCAGCAUACUUGUCCAAAAAACUUGGCGAAAAUACAUAUGCCAAAAGAAAUACUUGAAAAUUCGAACAAGUAUAAUUAAAAUUCAGCGAUGUUUGAGAGCGUACGUAGCUAGACGAUAUAUACUAAUAUAGGUAGUUUAUUUUGAUUAUUUUGUUACAAUUAUUA